AUGCUCCAGACAGCAGUGCUUCAGACAACAGUGCUCCAGAGAGCAUUGCUUCAGACAGCAGUGCUUCAGACAGCAGUGCUUCAAACAGCAAUGCUUCAGACAGCAGUGCUUCAGACAGCAGUGAUUCAGACAGCAGUGCUUCAGACAGCAGUGCUUCAGACAGCAGUGCUUCAGACAGCAGUGCUUCAGACAGCAGUGCUUCAGACAACAGCAGUGCUUCAGACAGCAGUGCUUCAGACAGCAGUGCUUCACACAGCAGUGCUUUACACAGCAGUGCUUCAGACAGCAGUGCUUCAGACAACAGUGCUUCAGACAGCAGUGCUUCAGACAGCAGUGCUUCAUACAGCAGUGCUUCAUACAGCAGUGCUUCAGACAACAGUGCUUCAGACAGCAGUGCUUCAGACAGCAGUGCUUCAGACAGCAGUGCUUCAGACAGCAGUGCUCCAGACAGCAGCUCUUCGGACAGCAGUGCUUCAGACAGCAGUGCUUCAGACAGCAGUGCUUCAAACAGCAGUGCUUCAGACAGCAGUGCUUCAGACAGCAGUGCUUCAGAGAGCAGUGCUCAAGACAGCAGUGCUUCAGACAGCAGUGCUUCAGACAGCAGUGCUUCAGACAGCAGUGCUUCAGACAGCAGUGCUUCAGACAGCAGUGCUUCCAAGAGCAGUGCUUCAGACAGCAGUGCUUCAGACAGCAGUGCUUCAGACAGCAGUGCUUCAGACAGCAGUGCUUCAGACAGCAGUGCUUCACACAGCAGUGCUUCAGACACCAGUUCUUCACACAGCAGUGCUUCAGGCAGCAGUGCUCCAGACAGCAGCGCUUCAGACAGCAGUAGGGCUGCUGGUUGGGGCAGAGCCAGCGCAGGGAGCACAUGGGGAGGAGAAUGCAAGAGUAGCAGGCGUGGCAGGUGAAAUCACAGGCAUGGCAGGGGAAGGCACAUGCAUUGCUCUCGUGCUGCAUGCUGUGUGCCCAGGUGCUGCAUGCUGUGUGCCCAGGUGCUGCAUGGUGUGUGCCCAGGAGCUGCAUGGUGUGUGCCCAGGUGCUGCAUGGUGUGUGCCCAGGUGCUGCAUGGUGUGUGCCCAGGUGCUGCAUGGUGUGUGCCCAGGUGCUGCAUGGUGUGUGCCCAGGUGCUGCAUGGUGUGUGCCCAGGUGCUGCAUGGUGUGUGCCCAGGUGCUGCAUGCUGUGUGCCCAGGUGCUGCAUGCUGUGUGCCCAGGUGCUGCAUGGUGUGUGCACAGGUGCUGCAUGCUGUGUGCUCAGGUGCUGCAUGGUGUGUGCCCAGGUGCUGCAUGGUGUGUGCCCAGGUGCUGCAUGCUGUGUGCCCAGGUGCUCCAUGGUGUGUGCCCAGGUGCUGCAUGCUGUGUGCCCAGGUGCUGCAUGCUGUGUGCCCAGGUGCUGCAUGGUGUGUGCCCAGGUGCUGCAUGGUGUGUGUCCAGGUGCUGCAUGCUGUGUGCCCAGGUGCUGCAUGCUGUGUGCCCAGGUGCUGCAUGGUGUGUGCCCAGGAGCUGCAUGGUGUGUGCCCAGGUGCUGCAUGGUGUGUGCCCAGGUGCUGCAUGGUGUGUGCCCAGGUGCUGCAUGGUGUGUGCCCAGGUGCUGCAUGGUGUGUGCCCAGGUGCUGCAUGCUGUGUGCCCAGGUGCUGCAUGCUGUGUGCCCAGGUGCUGCAUGGUGUGUGCCCAGGUGCUGCAUGCUGUGUGCCCAGGUGCUGCAUGCUGUGUGCCCAGGUGCUGUAUGCUGUGUGCCCCUGCAUCCGCUCACUCAUCCCCGCCUGCACCACUCCUCACCCCGCCCACUGCCACACCCUCCCAAGCCCUGCCGCCCACUCAACCUGCACACACGGAAGGAAGGUCUGUGGUGACUUAG